CGAAAUCAUGUCUUCGGCAAUAUCAUAUGCUAGACAUCCUUGUUUUGUAUUGUCAGAGGAAUUCUCAUUUUGAUAAAUAAUUGACAAAGUAUGCAAUGCCAACAGGUCCAGCACAAUCUCUUGAUUUAGCUACAUAGCUUUAUCUAAGCUAUCUAGAUUUAUAAAGCUAUUUGAAAUAGCUUGAUUAAGCUAGUUUACUAGAUAUAAUCCGAGAUUCCUCGGACUCUUACCCCCGCUUUUAUAUUGUGACAUGUGCGGGGGAGAGUAAGAGCGGACUCCAUAUUGAAAAGGGGGCAAUUCAGCAACACCAGCUAGUGUUGCUGCUUUACCUACCCCUUGCAACUUUAUUUCGCGGAUCUACCAAGAUGCGAGAAUUCAGUUAUCGGAAGGUUAUUCUACAAAUAGAUCAUGAUUAAUACGAUGCUAUCGCCAUUUAAACAAUGACAUUUUGUAUGUUUAUGUGCUGAUGUCAUGUGCCAAGAAAUUGAAUAGUGAGACGGCGACCUAAUUCAAGUGAUGCUUCAUUUGUCGGUGUUAUAGGGCCGGAUUAGAUUUAUACUUUGAACUAACCACAACACUAUUCGAAUUAGAGUUCAUAACAAUUCUACAUCGUUUUAAGAUUUUUCAUAAAAGAGAAUUUCUUUUGUGCAGUUAACUGUCCACUACCCUGUGUGCGUUGAAUCAUAGUAAAAUGAUGACUUUACAAUGUAAGUAUGAUGACUUUACAAUGUGUAGCCUGAUUGCCAAUCCAUUAUUCUGUUUAAUCUCGUUGACUUUUAUUCUAUUCUGAAAAUUGGAUAACUGUUGCUCAACAACUUAAUAAUCUUAAACAUUUGACAAUUGUGAAUCAAAAUUCUUCCUAAGGGACGUUUAAGAAAUUUUUUUCCCCACUCAUGCCGGUAAGUGAGAAAGUUUACCAGUUUACUUUCGAAAGGUCGGUGGUCUCUUCCCAGGUACAUUGUAUCUGGGUUCUCUCUUCCACCAAUAAAAACUGGGCGCCACCAGAUAACUGAAGGAUUGUUGAGUGUGGCGAAAAACAUCAAUCAAUCCAUCAAUACAAUGUGUUGUAUGGACUUCAAGGAUGAAAUAUGUUCACUCAGUGAAAUUCGACUUCUAUGCUUUUAGAAAUCAAUUUGAUAAAAGAUUUGGGCUAUAUAUUACUGUUAUCUGCAAUGUGUUGCAUAUACGUUUUGUGGUACUAAAAUCCUGAGUAUAUUACGAUACCAAAAUAUACAUCAGGUUCGUAUUCUCUUUAAUAGAUUAAACUGACAAGAAAAAUUUUCUACGAAUAUCAAAGAAAUUGCAUAAAAUAUAGAGAGAUUUAUGAACAAUAUCGUAUGCUUCUUGCGGCUUAUUCUGUUAUACCAUUUCUCUCUUAAUGCAUUUGUUUCUCUUUCAUAUGUACAUGUCUAUAUCAACAUUUUAACAAAACAUGUGCCCUAAUUAUUAUAAAUAUUAUUUACGAAAUUUAAAUAUUACCAUCAUGCUAUUAUAGCAUCUAACAUCAAGACGUUGCAGGCAACGCUCCACAGUAAAAUUAACAAUUUUCUUGUCGAGUAUUGCAAAUAACAGGAGUAUAUAGGGCGACGAUUCUUAUUUCCUCGGUUAGGAAUCAAUAUAAAAUGUACAUAAAGGGGAAGUUUCCCCAGGAAGAGGGUUUUCUUGGGAGGUACCAUAUCAGAGAAAAUGGGGCUUGGUUUCUUUUGGGGGGGGGGGGGGGGGGGGAACAAGCUAAAUAAAUUUAUUAGACGGAAUAAAUCCCUUCUCUGGGAUUUUAGUACCCCAAAACGUAUACGCAACGCGUUGCAAAUAACAGUAUAUAGCCAAGAUCUGAAAAAGCUAAAUCAAACUAUUUCAAAUAGCUUUAUAAAGCUAUAUAGCUAAAUCAAGAGAUUGUGCUCGAUCUGGCCAAGGAGUAUUCAACAAAUACACGUAACUGCUUGUGCUACAGACCUUACACCACGUUAACAUGAUCGAGAUCAGAAUGGUCUCAGUUCUCUGGAAUGUUAUCAAGAAGAUUUUUGGCAUCCUGCUGACAAUACUCUCACCACUCAAACGGUUACUAUGCAGAAGGAAGAGACGAACAUCAGACACCAUUUUACCCUUGUCAAACCAUUACUCAAUUCCAGGAGACUUCAGUCAGAUGGCUACAAAUGGUGAAGAGGAGUUUCAGGCCUGGGAUGAAUGGGAGACGGAGUCAAAGAAAGCAGCAACCAAUGGACAGCUGGGUAAUCCCCGCCCAAAGAACUCGCAGACAGAGGAGGAGGAAGAGGAGAUCGAUUUCUUCUUAGACAUGACUCCGAAAAUAAGAAGGCAGAAAAAGGUUUACGUCGGAGGAAAUUCAAAUACCUCUCAGCUGGGUGCAAACAAAUUUGCUUUUUUGGGAGAUGCUCCCUUGAAUCAGGGUGCAGAACUUGGUUCCUGGGAAGACACAGAGAAUGCAUGGGGAGAAGAGUCUCUGGAAGAUUUAUCAUGGCAAGCUGAAGCAGCCAUUAAACAAAGCAGGAAGUCAGAACAGCAGAGACGGUUACAGGAGCAUGCUCGGAGGAAAAUGGAGAAAGAACAGGCUCGCAGCAAAAAAGACAGUAUGUUCACUGCCGUCAAAUUAACGUCAUGAUUCACCGUGUCUGGAGUAUCAAACCAUUGUGUCAAAUUUUACCAUGUGCAAUGUUUAUCUGAGAAAGAACAGGGGUGUGUAAGCGUGAUAAAUGAUAUUCCAAACCAUGGAUGCCAGCCGUUAUUGUCUUGUUCAAUUAAAAACAUGUAUAGAGAAAUCUUAUUAAUCUGACAUGCUGGAUGUGGGGGUGGAUUGCAAUGUAUAGGACAUUGAAAAAAAAGGGGGAGUGAUGAAAGGUCAGGGUUCACAGUAAAACAAAAUACACAAAUGUCAGAUUAGACUGGUUUGACAGGUCUAGGAUUCAUGAAGUUACAUGUAUACUGCAAGCCUUGGGCCACAUAGUUACUGUAAUUCAUUCAGAUUAAAAAUUAUGCUGAAAGGUUUAGGACUAAAUGUAUAUAUGUAUGAUCUUCUGUUCUCUAAGAUUUAUCUUGACGCUGCAUUAAAUUGAUGAUACACUAAACCUUGAUAAUGUAGUAAGGCACGACUUGUUUUAAGUUUUGGUAAAGAAAUAAGGGUUUAUUUUCAACACUGUAUUAUUUUCAUAUCUAGACUAAUUUUCAUGGUUAAAAUAGGUAAGAAAUGAACAGUAACUCUAAAAGUUGGUACCAAAAACUGACAUGUGGCAUCCAGAAACCUCCAGAUGCUAAAUUAGGGGCAUUUAGAUUUAUGCGUAGAUUUGCAGUGAGAUUGUAAUGACGCCAAUGCCUAGUAUAGAUUAAUAGUAAAUAUAUUUGGAUUUAAACAAAAGAAAACGAUAUCACUACUGUUUCAAAAUUAUGGUGCAGAACACAAAAUUCAGGCCACUGUUGUGCUGCAUUUAACUUAUGCCCAGAUAUUUAUAACAAACUUGUAAUGCCAAACAUGGAAUAAAUUUUAAAGACUGUCUUAUUGUUUAUUGGAGUUCAGUCUAUUUUAAAAACUGUCUUAUAAAUGUUUAUUGGAGUUCAGUCUAUUUUCAAGUCCCACCAAUUUUGAAGACUGUGCUUUUUCACUGCAAAAAAAAAAAAAAUGGUGGCCCAUUUUCAAGUCCACUUCAUUUAAUAUCAAAACCAACUUCUUUGCAAAUUUUUUCUUUGCAAAUUUUUAGGGUUUAAGGUAUUUGAGCUUCUUUUUUUUUUAACUACAUGUAUAUAAAUGUUUAAAGGUACAUGUACUGUGUAUGUAUUAUGCAAAUGGGUAUUAUUGAAAGACCCAACUCGUUAUAGAAUUUGAUUACAUGUAUAUAUACAUCUUUUCUGGGUUACAUCAGAACAUAUUAAUCCAGCUGAUCUUCAUCAUGUUAUUUGCUAUUAAGUGGAAUAUAUAAAAGAUCUGACAUAAUUUCUGGCUCGCCAGCACAAAUAUAUCAUGCCUCAUCAUGACAUUGCCCUAAGAUAGCAAGAUUCAAAAUUUCCAUUAUAUGUACGUGUAGUGUUGUUCAUUUCCUUCGAUUUGUUUUUGGAAAAUUUUCAAUCUUGGCUGUGUCCUUUGUGUAAAGAGAUACAGUAUGUCAUGUAAUGUCCAAGUUUGUAUUCAGUUUGACUUCUGUCCGAGUAAAAUUGUAAAUUUAUCUCCAAGCUUAUUGUCCCCUGACAACUGACAAGGUUUUGAAAAAUGAAAUUACACUAAGGUUGAAUUUGGGUUUAUGUAUUUUAUUUAUGUAUUAAAAUUCUUCUUAUAAAGUCUAGUCAGUGAAGAAUGAAUCCUUCUGUAAAAUAACAUCAUAUUAAAAAAAACUGGUUAUAAGAUAACAUCAUAAAAAACUGGGUUAUAUUACCUUUUUCAUUGUUUUUCUCUGUAUUUUCCACAACUACACAUCAACACCGAUUAGUUCCCUUUUUCCAUAAUACACUUAUUAGUAUUUCCUGUCAAUCAUGACCAAAGAUGUGGUACAAAGUAUAAGAAAUUAUAAGUAUAAGUAGUACAUAAACACUCUAGUACAUGCAAUGACAUUGUCACUAGCCACGGUUACAGAGUCUGGUAGUACCUACCCUACCUCAAAUGACGUAGUGUAAACGGAGACAAUAGGCGUGGCCUGCGACGAUGAUGCAAUGCUGAUAACUAUAUCAAGGGAGUUAACUCUUUGCACUUCUUGUUACUGCUCUGUGUUGUUGGUGAUGGGACAGAAAUACACUGCUUAUAGAUUAUAUAUAUCCUUAUUGUUUAAGAACAGGAUCAUGUUAUUAAGGUGAUGUUUUCACAUACACCAUAGGGCAUUUCACUGAAUCACUUUCAACAACACAAUAAAUUGUUUUUUGCCAGACUAGAAAAUUUUGUUCAAGAUUAAAGUGACUGAAUAUUAUCAGAUCUAAAUGGCCUCAUGUUACAGCGACUUCUGUCUGCAUUAACUUCAUUGUACUGGAUGUUAUUCUUGAUGUACUAAAUAAAUUUUUAUGUUAUUGACAUAGA